AUGAAUCUUAACCAAUGGCCCUUUGUAAAAGCCACAGUGGUGUUUUCGGUUUCUAAUUUUUUUGUUCUUUUCCCUCAGGACUUGAGAGAGGCAGAGGUGAAGCUCACAGAGUUACAGGGAAGCUAUUCUGCCUCAGUUGCAAAACUUGAGGAGGAGAAUCUCCGUCUGCGUGAGGAUGUGUCCGGCCUGCGAGACCAGCUGGAGCUGAGUGAACAGACCAACCAGGAGAAGUACAGUGCUGCGCUCCGACAGACACAGCGCGCCAUCACGGACCUCAGGAGUAAGGAGGACAGAAGAGUCCGUAGCAUACAGGAGGAGAGUGACAGAAAGCUGCAGGCCCUGCAGGAUAAACUAGACUCCACAAUAGGCCGAUACGAACAGGAGCUGGAUGGUGGGAGGAGGAGGAGGGGAGGGUCACAGUCAGACUCUGUCGUCAGCUUCAGAGGCACUGAUGGUGCUCACACAGGCAGCCCCAUGGAGCACAUCUGGGCCACUCCAAUGCGUAAGGACAGUCAGGGACGAGAAUCGCCUUAUAUAUCAGGGAUGGAGAGCCCUGUUCCGUCCAGACCCGAGUCCAGAGCUUCCGUCACAGCUCGAUUCCUCGCAGAAGAGGAAAAACACGGAUUAGAGCUGGAGAGAAAACUGGACUCACAUAUAACAGAGUUUAAAGACGCUGCAGAUAAAACCAUCAAGAAAUACUCAGCCAGAUAAUACAAAAUGUCUGUAGAAUGUCAUCUAAUAACACCAAAAAAAUCUGGUCUUUCAAAACAUGUAUUUACUAUUUCAUCUAAAAAGUUUUUAUUACCAAGACGUACUGUUGUUUAGGUGUUGAUAUUUUUUUUUACUCUAUCCUGUAUAUUCAUGACUGUAUACACUUUUUCAUAUUGAAUAUUAAAAAUAUGAUUUGAGAUGUACAAUAAACUGUAUACUGAAGUGUUUGAAA